AUGACUGCUAUCAAAAGUUUCCAAACCGUUUAUUCAGUGCCCCUCGAAUGUGGUGCCUGUGUGGAAUCUGUCAGAGAAGUGUUAUCCCCGUUGAAGGGGAUCGAAAAGUUCGACAUUGAUCUCACAAACCAGAGAGUCACGGUGGAGGGGACCUGUCCGCCCUCCGCUGUCGUGUCCACCUUGCGUGCCAGUGGCAAAGAUGCUAUUAUCCGUGGUACCGGUCAGCCCAAUUCUGCCGCCGUGUGUAUCUUGGAGAGCUUUGCAAAAGAAGACAAGGACCAUCCGGUGAAGGGUCUCGCGAGAAUCGUGUCUGUCGGCACUGACUUGUGCAUGGUGGAUUUGACCAUCAAUGGGUUGCCAAAGGGCAAGUAUUUUCCGUCUAUCAGAGCCAAUGGGAACAUCUCCCAGGGGGCAAUGUCCACCGGUCCUUCCUACUUCAAGUUCCCAAGCGUGGAUGUCUUCACCAAGGCGUCCUCUGAAACCACUAUCGCUUCUAUCGGGGCCUCCACCCAUACAGACAGUGUCCAGGUAUACUCCGGGCAAGCCUUCUUGCCUGCUGCUUUGGAAGUGACCGACUUGAUUGGCAGAUCCAUGGUGUUAUCUACGACCGAAGAUGGUUCCAGCGCGACAGAUUUGGUUGGGGUCAUUGCCAGAAGCGCUGGUGUUUGGGAAAACGACAAGGCAGUCUGCUCGUGUUCUGGAAAGACUGUUUGGGAGGAGAGAAAGGACGCCUUGGACAAAGGGGUUAUGUGA